GCCACGAACUCGAUCACAUGUGGCUGUGGACGAGGGAGAAAAUGGCGUGUCGUGGCGGGGAAUCGAAACGAUCGCGGGCCUGACUGAAGCAUCCGAAUCGGAUGCGAGCUCCCACCUACUUCUUCCCCGCCCCGUAUAAACGAUGCGCAGGUCUCUCUCCAGGUUACCCCCGCUCCGCGUCGCGCUCCCUCCCGUCCCCGUCGCCGUCGCCGUCGCCGUCGCCGCCGCGAAUAAUCCGUCCAUCCCUCUCCUCCGCCGUCUUCUUCUUCCUCCCCGGAACCGCUCCGCCGCUCUCUCUCUCGCUUCAAGAAUCCCUCCCCCGCAUUCGAGCUCGACCCAGAGCUAUCGGAUCGAUGUCGAGGCCGGUUGAUGCCGCGGAGGCCGCGGCGGCGGCGGUCGAGAGCGAAUUGCGAUUGCUGAGCUCCGUGGAGGACCAUUACGGCGGCGUCAUUGUGGAGAUGAAGGAGGCUAUGGACUCCGCCACCUUCAUCUCCGUGCUCAGGGCCUCGAUUUCGCACUGGAGAGAGCAGGGCAAGAGGGGUGUGUGGAUCAAAUUACCCAUUGAGCUCGUGAAUCUGGUAGAAGCUGCUGUCACGGAAGGAUUUUGGUAUCACCAUGCGGAGCCGAAGUAUCUGAUGCUUGUGUAUUGGAUUCCACAAAGUGCUCAUACCAUUCCAGCAAAUGCGACGCACAGAGUGGGCGUUGGUGUGGUUGUCAUGAAUGAGAAGGAGGAGGUGCUUGUCGUUCAAGAGAAGAGUGGAAUAUUUAGAGGGACUGGCGUUUGGAAGUUCCCAACGGGUGUUGUUGAUGAGGGAGAAGACAUAUGUGCAGCUGCAGUAAGAGAAGCUAAAGAAGAGACUGGAAUUGAUGCUGAAUUCGUGGAAGUCUUGGGAUUUAGGCAAAGUCAUCAGUCGUUCUUUCAGAAGUCGGACUUAUUUUUCGUCUGCUUGUUGCGACCUUUAUCCUUUGACAUCCAGAAGCAGGAUGUGGAGAUAGAAGCCGCUCAGUGGAUGCCGUUCGAAGAAUACGCAGCGCAGCCAUUCUCCCAAAAAAACGAGCUUGUCAGGUACAUUAUAGAGAUGUGCUCGGCAAAGAAGAACGGGAAGUAUUCUGGAUUGACUCCAGUACUAACAUCAAGCUUCACCGACCAAACGAGCUACUUGUACUUGGACAGAACAGCCAUUUCCGGCGCAGGCAGUAAGUAGUGGCGUGUUACUGUCAUUAGAUCUGAAAAGGAUCAUUUUUACUCAUAGGUGCAAUUCAACGUCGGAGAGGUCGACACUUACAAUGACUUGAUUCAUUCUAUUGAAAUUGUUGUGUCGUAUGACCGGAGACAUUGUAACUGCAUACAUGCAGGAAUAAUAUGCAGAGUGUAACAGUGUCUCUUACGGCAUUGAAGCCCUUGAUGAAUAAGAUUCAUUACACGAAGACGGGAUUUCUCUA